AGGUGAGGACAAAAAGCCAGUAACAAGGAGUAGGUGCGUAUUGUGGGUGGAAACACAUUUGGGUGGGGUUACUGUGUCACAAAUUCCCAAACAAGAGUGAUCUAAAGAGAGAAUCCUGUGUUUCAAAUCUGGCACUGAUCGAGCGAGCAACACAUCUAGGAUCCGGACAGCCUUUACAAGUAACAACAUGUGUGAAACAGCAGAGGCAUUGGCUGCUAACUUCAAGAGCAGCAGAAAUGUCACCAUUGAGAUCACCAACCUCACCAACAGCUUUUGCCUGGUAGACCCAAAGGUGUACCUGGAUAGUGGGAACUGCCAUAGCCCACCCCAGCCCACCGUGCGCCCUCUGAAAACCGAGGUGUGCAACUUCAGCAAGACCAGUUCCAAAGCCACCGGCGCUGUGGGCGUCAUGACCUACGACCUAUUUGCAAGAAAUAGCAACGCCCCUACGGAGAAAUUAGCCAUAAUGUUCUCUGUGCCCUACGAUAAUAGCUCCUACAAGAACUGGUUCGCCUUGGCAAUCUACCCCAUGUCCAAAGUGUGCGAUGAGAAGCUGUACAAAGAGAUGUAUUACGACAAAGAACCCAAGGGCUUUGUGAGGCAGGAGUCCAAUGGCUCUGAUCUCACGUUCCAGGGCGCAACACUGGACCUGAAGGCUACCAUGUCCCCGAUGGGCAGGUCCAUAUUGAAGGUGGAGGUGUGGGACAAGCUCUUCACUCCAGCAAUGAACCAGCAGCAUCACUAAGCCAGUAAUUCAUUUAUAUCAAAACACAGUUUAAUGGGCAGUGUGUUUUAUUAAAUAUGCUUAGCCCUAACACCUUUGCUACUGUAUAAUCUAUUCAUGCAAUAAAUACAGUCUGAUAUACAAAUAAA